AUGUCUCCCUUUGCUCAGGCUUUCCUACGCACUUCCCGCGCGGCGUUGCGGCAGCGGACCGGCGUCAACCCCGUGCAGCAGGCCUUGGGCGUCCAGGGUGGAGCUCGAUAUGUCCAAGCAGUAAGAAACUACGCCACCGUCUUCGAGCGAAACAAGCCUCAUGUCAACAUUGGAACCAUUGGCCACGUCGACCACGGAAAGACCACCCUCACAGCCGCAAUCACCAAGCGACAAGCCGAAAAGGGCUUCGCCAACUUCCUCGACUAUGGCUCCAUCGACAAAGCCCCCGAGGAGCGCAAGCGCGGCAUCACCAUCUCGACCGCCCACAUCGAGUACCAGACGGAAGCGCGACACUACUCGCACGUCGACUGCCCCGGCCACGCCGACUACAUCAAGAACAUGAUCACCGGCGCCGCGAACAUGGACGGCGCCAUCAUCGUCGUGGCGGCGUCGGACGGGCAGAUGCCGCAGACGCGGGAGCACUUGCUGCUGGCGCGGCAGGUCGGCGUGCAGAAGAUCGUCGUGUUUGUCAACAAGAUCGACGCGAUUGAGGACAAGGAGAUGUUGGAGCUCGUGGAGAUGGAGAUGAGGGAGCUGCUCUCGUCGUACGGGUUUGAGGGCGAUGAGACGCCGAUUAUUAUGGGCUCGGCGCUGUGUGCGCUCGAGGGCAGGCAGCCGGAGAUCGGGUCCAAUAAGAUCGACGAGCUGCUUGAGGCUGUGGAUACCUGGAUCCCGACGCCCACGCGCGUCUUCGACAAGCCUUUUCUCAUGUCUGUCGAGGACGUCUUCUCCAUCGCCGGUCGUGGCACCGUCGCCUCCGGCCGCGUGGAGCGUGGCGUAUUGAAGAAGGAUUCGGAAGUCGAGCUCGUCGGCAAGAGCAACGCCCCGAUCCGGACAAAGGUCACAGACAUCGAGACGUUCAAGAAGUCCUGCGACGAGUCGCGUGCUGGCGACAACUCCGGUCUUCUCCUCCGCGGUGUUAAGCGCGACGACGUCAAGCGCGGCAUGAUCAUUGCGGUGCCGGGAACCACCAAGGCGCACAAAAAGUUCAUGUGCUCGAUGUAUGUCCUGACGAAGGAGGAGGGCGGCCGUCACACCGGAUUCCACAACAACUACCGGCCUCAGAUCUUCAUGCGGACAGCCGAUGAGGCCGCUGCGCUGACAUGGCCCGAGGGCACCGAAGACUCCAAGAUGGUCAUGCCCGGCGACAACGUCGAGAUGAUCUGCGAGAUCCACAACCCGCUCGCCGUCGAGCCGGGCCAGCGGUUCAACGUCCGCGAGGGCGGGCGGACCGUCGCUACCGGCUUGGUGACGCGUAUCCUCCAGUAA